AUGGAGGAGAAUAUGGAUUACACGUCGGAUCCUGGGGGAGCCGACCCGCAACAAACAUCGGCCAUCCCCUCGUCCCCUGGUGUGCCGAACGCGAGAGCAAGAAGCAACGCGGCUGGUACUACGCAGAGAGUGGCUCCCGAAAGCACAAACAUCGCCACUGGACAGCAUGCAGCAGCAGAGCCAACCUCUGACGGACCAGAGCACCCUGCCCAUCCAAGCAACGCCGGGACCACGGGCGAUACCCGUCAGAGGGUGCCUUCUCACCCUUCUUUCGGGCUGGGCGGGCAGGACGGAAACGGCAACCCGCUACAUGCUCAAGGACUCUCGAUGGGCAGUCCUGUCAGUGCUGGCAGUGGGAAGCGCAAGAGGCGUUCCGCCGACAACAUCGCACGCUGCCUCGACAUUCUCUGUGAAAAUGUCGUCAAACCGAUCCCGGUUUUGCUUCAAGAUGAGGUGCACAAGGUGGUCACAGAAGCAUCCCGCGUUAUCGUGUCCAUGUCUCAAGCAUCAGACGAGCAGAAGAUCGCGACGUUCAAGGAGUUUGCUCGCACCCCUGUCAUGGCAUCUAUUUUCCUCGCCAUUCCUGACGACCUUCGCGCUAAGUACGUGGGUGUGGAACCCACAGCCGACGGCACCUUUGCUCCGCCCGCCGGCACAUCAGCCCCCGCUGGCGCCACCUUUGCUCCCACCGCUGGCACAUCGGCACCUGCUGGCGCCACCUUUGCUCCCACCGCUGGCACAUCGGCACCUGCUGGCGCCACCUUUGCUCCCACCGCUGGCACAUCGGCACCUGCUGGCGCCACCUUUGCUCCCACCGCUGGCACAUCGGCACCUGCUGGCGCCACCUUUGCUCCCACCGCUGGCACAUCGGCCCCUGCUGGCGCCACCUUUGCUCCCACCGCUGGCACAUCGGCACCUGCUGGCGCCACCUUUGCUCCCACCGCUGGCACAUCGGCACCUGCUGGCGCCACCUUUGCUCCCACCGCUGGCACUUCGGCACCUGCUGGCGCCACCUCAGCACCUGCUGGCUCCACAUAUGCUCCGCCCGCUGGCACAACAUCACCUGCUGGCGCCACAUCAGCACCUGCUGGUGCCACCUUUGCUCCCACAGCCGCCACCUCAGCACCUGCUGGCGCCACCUUUGCUCCGCCCGCUGGCACAUCAGCACCUGCUGGCUGGACCUAUCCUCCACCUGGCCAUCAAUCUCCACGUGCUGCAGGGGUGCCACGUGUAUCGCGAGGUGGAAUUGGAGGCGCCCGCUGCAAGAAAGCGGGUCGUGGUGCUAGGGGCUCCCGUUCAGCCCUAGCAGGCUGUAUGCCUGGCGGAUCCACUUCUGCCGGUGGCUCCCCUGUUGUCCCGCACUUCACCUCACCUUUAGCGGUAGCGGCAACGAAAGUGCUCUGUAAGGUGCGAGUCGAGUCCGCGUAUUGUGCAACUUGUCAGUCACGCAUGCUUUGA